AUGUGGUUUGCAUGUGAUUGCAGGAGGCCAUGGGAGGUCACAGUAAAAGCCAUGAUUUCCGUGCAGGCCGCCCACUGCUCAAACGCCUCUGGGAGGUUCGCGCCCUUCCCCUCGUCGCAUUCCCGGUGCUGGCAUCAAGGCCAACGCGAAAUGCCCGCCGAAGCAAGCGAGUCCUGGAACUCGGCAUCCCAGGUCUAUGCGCCCUUUGAAGCAUUCACGGGCCAAUUCACUCGCGCAGCCGCGGCGGAAAUCCCGAGCCUUCUGUCCGAUUCUGCCAGCUCUGGCCCGCUGAGGAUCAUGGAUGUUGCUUCAGGGACUGGUGCAUCGACGUUUGCGCUGUGCAAGACAUUGGCAGACCAUUGCAGGCAAAAGAGUCCUAAGGCACUCGUGGUUGCCACGGACUUCAGUGAAGCCAUGUUAAAGACGCUGACGGAGAAGUUCACAGCUUCCAGUGCCGACCCGGAGGUGAUGGCAUCGCAGGCAGCCGAAAAGGAAGGCUUUCUGGAGCUUGCUACUCAGGUUGCCGACGCGCAAGACCUCUCAGCUUUUGCUGACGGAACGUUCGACGCGAUUAAUUGCUCUUUCGGAAUUAUGUUCCCUAAGUCUCCAGAGAAGGUGGCUCGAGAAUUCUGGCGGCUGUUGAAACCUGGUGGGGUUGCUGUCGUUACAACAUGGCACUACAACAACAUGCCAGCCGAAAUCCUGGUAGACCUGGCCCACGUCUUUAAGGGCCGCGGUCGCUUCGACCAGCUGCCCCUAGCGACGGCCACGGAGAAGUUCGGAAGCGAGGCCUUCAUGCGGCGCCUCUUUCGCGGAGACCUCGAGGACGGUUCCGACGCUUCCGGUUCCCCUGGUUCCCCUCUGUGGAGAAGCAGGGAUCUCCAGGCCAAGUUUAUUGCAGGCUCUUCAUACUGUUUGCCGCGGCAUAUGGCUGCCAUGAUGAACAAGACUCCGCUCGCCAGCGACUUGGGCCACUGGGAUGAAGAUGCUGUGGAGAAGCAUCUGCAGGAUCACUGGACAGGAGAAGAUGGCCGGAUAGUGUUGCAAGGCACAGCCCUUGUCCUCUUUGCGCGGAAGCCAAUUUCAUAG